UGUUUUGUCCAGAUCGGACGAAACGAAACGAGCCUAGAGAACAGCUUGCAGUUUAUAGUCUUUGUAAGAAUAACUUGUGAAUCAGUUAUUCGAUUAUUAUAGUUUAGAAAUGUGUCUGUCUGUUGCUUUUAUUCGGAAAUAAUGAUUUCCAUUCGUAAUAUGUAUUGUCCAUAUUAAUAUUUUGUAUUUAUUCAAAUGUAAACCUGUUCGCGUACAGUUUUGUUGUAGAAAGUGGAGAUAAUUCUAAGACAUCGUCUACCUUAAAUGUGUCCAUCGGUUUCUCCUCCCGUCCGUACUUUAAUCAUUAUCACAAAAUGUCAUGUGACCUACGGACGGAUGGAAUUUUUGGAAAGCGGGAUUUUCGACGUGGAGAUUAUCGACAAAACGUUGAUGCAGAUGUAAGUGAGGAUGAACCGAAAAGUGUAGAUUUGGAUUUUGUUUAUGAUGAUGCAGACACACAUGCCAAUGAAAUUGCUGAGUUAUACAGCUAUACCGAACAAUAUGAGUUGCAACUUAAUUUCAAAGCGUUUGAAGAUCAGAUGGAAUGGUAUAAGCUAUGUCCCUGGUGGCAAAAGUUGGAUGCAUCACAAAAAAAAUCAGUUAUACAUAAAUUAUUAGAUCAAUUGGAAGUAUCUAAUAAACAAUUAAGGAUGAAAGCUGCUCGUUGUAUCUUAUAUUUAGUUCAAGGCUGUUGGGCUGAAGUGCAAUCUGACAAAGAACAGCAAGAAUGGACAAGAAAAAAUGUCAUGCUGCUUUAUGAAGCCGGUGUCUUUCCAGCAUUCGUAGAACUUUUAAAUAUUGAAAUUGAAAAUAGUACAACUGCUAGCUUGGCGAUGAGAAAGUUAGCUGUCAGUCUUGCAGAUUCUGUUGAUUUGAGGAUAAUUCUCUCUGUUUUGUAUAUUAUCACAGAAGUUAUGAGAGAAGAAAUAAAAAAUAAAGAGUACAGCGUUUAUGCAGAUUAUGUUGAAUCUUUUAAAGAGGAACUUGUAAAUCCAUAUGGCGAGGAAUUACUUAUUGUGAAACUACUUGGAAUGGUAACUUGUUUUUGUAGCGGGUCUGCACCUCAUUUUCCUAUGAAAAAAGUUCUUUUACUCUUGUGGAAAUUAAUAUUAGUUUCUUUGGGUGGUAUUGAUACACUCAGAGAAUUAAAGAAAAAAUAUAGAGAAGAAGCUGGUCUUGAUGCAGAACAAGAGGAUACAAUAGAAGUAGCUAGAACCAUGAGGGCUAGUUCUCCUCCUGCUAAUGCACCAGAUUUAAUAGAAACACAAAAUCAGAAAUGUAAUAAAAGACCUCUUAGACGGAUUUUAAUGAAACAAAGUUCAUUAGAUGAGCCAGGCUUAGGUAUGGAGUACGAGGGUGGAGAACCAGGAAAUAAUCCUACAACAAAUGAAGGUGAAGGAGAAAUGGUCAACUUCAUAAGUCAACCAGGUAUUCCUGGUUGGAAUCAAACUUAUUACGAAGAACGAUAUAAUCAAUCUCAAUUAAGGCCUUAUACUCCACAGAUGAACAAAGGUCUACCAUGGACACCAAAAGUACGGCAGAAAGAUGUUGACACGUUCCUGGAAGUGUCCAGACUUAAAUUCGUUGGUUAUAAAUUACAAGGAGAUAGAGAAAGUUUAGCUGGUUUACCACAACCAAUACACGAAGGUGUCAACACGCUUAAAAGACAUAUGUAUACAUCUUUAGCUGAAGUUCAAAUUCAAGAGGAGGAAGAAAUAGCUAGAAAUCCAAUGAGUACUCCAGAACCUCCUCUUCGUCAAACUCCAACAGAAAUUUUAUAUCAAGCCAUAUUACCUAAUCUUCCACAGUAUAUGAUUGCAUUAUUAAAAAUUUUACUUGCUGCUGCACCAACCAGCAAAGCCAAAACAGAUAGUGUUAAUAUAAUGGCGGAUGUUCUGCCAGAAGAAAUGCCAAUGACAGUAUUUCAAUCAAUGAAAUUGGGAAAUGAUGUUAAUAGACAUAAGGAAAUCAUUGUUAAAGCGGUUUCUGCUAUUUUACUUCUUUUACUAAAACACUUCAAAUUGAAUCACAUAUAUCAAUUUGAAUUUAUGUCACAACAUUUAGUAUUUGCUAAUUGCAUACCUCUUGUGUUGAAGUUUUUAAAUCAAAACAUCUUGUCUUAUAUUGAAGCAAGACAUGUAAUUCCCAUUUUGGACUUUCCCAUAUGUGUUAUUGGCGAUCAACCAGAAUUAACGCCUGAAAGUCUUGAAAUUGGAGACAAUCAAACGUACUCUUGGCGUAAUAUUUUUUCAUGUAUUAAUUUAUUAAGAAUUUUGAAUAAAUUAACCAAGUGGAAACACAGUAGAAUUAUGAUGCUAGUAGUUUUUAAGUCAGCACCCAUUCUAAAACGUACAUUAAAAGUGAGGCAUGCUAUGAUGCAAUUAUAUGUUCUAAAAUUGUUGAAAAUGCAAACAAAGUAUCUCGGACGACAAUGGCGGAAAACAAAUAUGAAAACUAUAAGUGUAAUUUAUGCUAAAGUUAGGCAUCGUCUUAACGACGACUGGGCCUAUGGUAAUGAUUUAGAAGCACGACCAUGGGAUUUUCAAGUCGAGGAAUGUGAAUUACGUACUUGUGUUGAUCAAUUUAAUAAUCGACGAUAUUCUAAUGCUCCUAAAGACGAUGAAUUAGAACCUGUUGAUACGUCUGUUACUUCUGUACUCGGUACGAAUGUAAAAUUAACAGAAGAAUUCAAACAGCAUUACGAAUUAUGGUUACAACAAGAAGUGUUUCAAAGAAGUAUUAAUUGGGAUGAACUGUUGGAUCCUGAAGCUUGUGAAAUUUAAAGUUUUGAAUAAGUGUAAAGUAUAGAAAUAGUAUUUUCAUCGAUUGAUAGACCUGGAUCAAAUUUUGACAUUUUUACAAAUCAUGUACUAUUGUGAAAAGUGUUCAAAAGACAUUGCCAUAUCAACAUCAUAAUCUAAUUUCAUUUUUAUUUGUGUAAAUUGUACUUGGAUGGCUCUAAUAUAGCAAAUGUUUAACAAACUAGCUAAUUUUAGAGUGAAUAUUUGUAAAAUGAAACGCGAGAUGUUUUUUUUUUUUUUUAUAUUUCGUUUUUAUAUUAUUUUAACAAUCUCUACUGUUGAUGGCAACAAAUAUUUAUUUCUUCAAUACUAAUAAUCAUUCGGUAUAUUUAUCUCUUCUAAAUGUAAUUAUUAAAAAUUUAAGACAUUAUAUUGCUAUUUAUGACUUAA